AUGACGUCAUCGAAAACACCGCCGCGAUUGCACCACGUCGCCACGAAGCCAUACAUAGGUUUCCCCCCUCCGGCUGCAAUUUUGGCUCUGUCUGCUCCCCGCCAGCCGCCUCCGACGUCCGACGACGAGCACGAGGACAACGGAGCUGACGAAGAAAUAUGCGGAUCGUGGGAAAACACAGCAAUCGCCAGCAAAUUAAGUGCGCAGAUCCCUCCCCGUGCAUAA